UACUCCAUGCCCUAAUGGCCACUCAUUCGUUAGCCGGGCAAAGCUAGGGCAAGAAGCGCCAAGGUAGGACAGUAGAUGGGAAGAAUUCUAGUGUAGAGGCAUGGACGACGAGCAGGAGCAGGAGCAGCGAUUAGAGCUAGAGGUAGCGGCAGCGGUGGAUGGAAGCAAAGAUGGGAAUGGAGUGGCCGAAAUGGAGCGAGACGAAAAUCUUGGAGCUGUGGAGCAAGCUGGGGAGGAAAAAAUCGUCUCGGGAGAACAGGUCAAGGAGGAAUUAAGUGGCAAAUUAGAGGAAUCGCCAGCGGCGGCUGAUGGAAUGGAAGUUUCAGAGCAGGACGAAGCUCCUGCCAAGGAUGGAGCGGCUACUUUCGGUGAGAAUUGUGAGGAGAAGACGGAAUUACAGCGAGAGAUGGAGCUUUUCGAAGCGGCCGAGAAAGAGGAUGAAGCCAACAUUCUCUCGAAAGCGAACGAGAAGAAGAGGGCUCAGGAGCAGCCUGCUCAAGAAAGUCGUAAGAAGCGGGGAAGGAAGGCUUCCGUGAAAGCGUCAUUUAGGAAAGAAGAGGAUGACGUUUGUUUUGUGUGUUUCGACGGUGGGGAUCUAAUUCUGUGCGAUCAAAGGACAUGCCCAAAGGCGUACCAUCUUGGCUGUAUCGGAAGGGACCAAGAGUUUUUCAGGAAGAAAGGAAACUGGCACUGCGGCUGGCAUUUUUGCGAUGGAGAAAACUGUUCGAAGAAAGCAAGCUUUCGGUGCUAUACUUGUCCAAAAGCUUACUGCGCUGGAUGCAGGAGUCGACACAGUUUUAGUUUAUUUGACAAGAAGAAAGGCUUGUGCGAGGAGUGCGUGAACUACGUUAAAAUGAUUGAGCUCAAUGAAACCGUAAACGCUGAAGGGAACACGGUCGAUUUUAAUGACCGCGACACAUACGAAUGUCUGUUCAAAGAAUACUGGGAGGAUUUGAAGGCGAAAGAGACGAUCGUUUUGCCAGAAUUUGACAAGGACGGAAAGUUCGUGAAUGCUACACCUGCAGCAGAUAGUGACGGGCGGUCGGACGACGAGGCUUCAAGUUCCGAGUCAGAAACGUCUGCAGCUGUGGUGAUGGCCGACGACGAAGAUGUUCCUUUUGGUACUGGGAUAAGGAAAGAAAGGAAGACGAAGAUCCUGAAUGCUCUCUCUGACGAGUUCAAGUGCACUGUAAAUCAGGAGCAGAAGGAGCAACCUCUUACCGAGGAUGUCGAUGAGAAAGGAGAAGACGAAGAGGAAGAAGAAGAGCAGGACGAGGAAGAGGAAGAGGAAGGAGAGGCUUACAAGCCUACGGUAUUUGAUGGCUGGGCGUCAAAGGAGAUGAUCAGUUUUAUCAAGUUUAUGAAGGAAGAUCCAAAGACACCAAUGAAGAGGCCCGCAGUUAACAAGCUUUUAUGGGAUCACAUUAAGGCCAACAAGCUCCAGAAUCCGCGGAAGAAAACCAUCAUAAGAUGCGACGAACAACUCCGGUCUCUCUUCGGCAAGAAGGCCGUGACUCAGCGCAGUUUGAUGAAAUACCUCCACAACCAUUUUCCGAGCAAAGCUUCAAAGACGGAACAAGCCGAAAGCCAAGUCGAUGACGAGAAGGGAAAGAAAAACAAGCGAAGCCUCAAGGGAGACGAGUAUGCGGCGAUAAACCAGAGCAACAUUAGUCAUGUAUAUCUAAGAAGGGCUCUACUGGAGGACAUGCUUGGCGAUCCUAACUUUGAGCAGAAGGUGGUGGGCACGUUCGUAAGGAUAAGGGUUCCAGGCAAAAAUGAUAUGUGCUACCGUCUUGUUCAAAUAGUUGGUACCAGAUUACAAGCUGAGGAGUACAAAGCGGGCAAAAAAAGUACGAAGAUCGUUUUACUAAUCACGAACCUACAAAAGAAGGAGGACCUGACAAUUGACUUAGUAUCAAAUCAGGAUUUCACCGAGGAGGAGUGCGCGCGUUUGCGGCAGAGCAUCAAAUGGGGGUUCAUCCCGGCUCCAACUGUGGGAGACUUUGAACGUAAAGCGCUGUCUAUUCGAGAAGCGAAGCUUAAUGAUUGGUUCGAGACAGAAACCUCAAGGUUAACCGCGCUCAGGGAUCGUGCCAAUGAGAAGGGUCGAAAGAAAGAAUUGAGGGAAUGCGUGGAGAAGCUUCAAAGGAUUUCGAAUCAAGACUAUCGCUUGAAGGAGUUGAGCAAGGUCCCAGCGUUUGAAGCGGACGCUACUAUGGACCCCGAGCACGAGGAGCCAAGCGACGAACCAAACCCAACUGAGCAGCCAGCUGAAGUAGCCAGCACUGCCGAGAAGAGCCGAAGUAUUAGAGAAGAGCAUCAGCCUAACAAAUGGGACAGGAGAAACGAUCCGCCAGCUUUCACAAAGCAAGACAGUUUCAACAAGAGAGACGGUUUUGAGAGAGGAUGGGACAGGGAUCACGAUUGGAGAAACGAGGGAAGAUCAAACGGGAAGUUUGGUGGACAUAAGAGCGCAGAACAGAAGGAGCCGGUUUACGGAGGAGGGUCUUUACCACUCUCACGGCCUCCACCACCGCCACCUCGGCCUCCACAUCUUUCAACGCCUCCAGCUAACAUGAACGCGCCGCCGCCACCCGAGAUAGCAGAGAAGGAGAAGGCAUGGUUCUACCAAGACCCCAAGGCUAUAGUCCAAGGCCCCUUCUCGUUCGAGCAGCUCAGGAAGUGGAGCUUGACGGGGCUGUUCCCGGCGGAUCUCAAAGUCUGGAGGUCCGGCCAGCGAGAGCAGGCAGUUUUGCUAGUGGAAGCUCUAGCGGCGGCGCGUACGCCGGUGGCAGCGCCGGCGGCGGCUUGGGGUGCUCCACCACCUCCGGCGCUAGACACUGGACGGACAGGGGGCUGGGAUAACACAGGUGGUGGUAGAAGUGGCUGGAACGCUUCGUCUAGAACAGGAGAUUGGAGUAGCACAGGUGGUCAUGAACGAGUAGGAGGAGGAGCUCCAUCGCCGCCAAGUGACCCGUGGAGCCAGAAUCCAGGGAGGUCCGACGGUGGUGGCGGCGGCGGUGGUAACUUCAACGAUGGUCCGUGGGGUGCUCCUCCACAAGCACCGCACAGGAGUCCCGGAUGGAGAGACCAGUCUCAAAACAGCGGCUGGGUGGACAGGGGCGAUAGCUUUCGGAGCCCGAGAGUGCCUCACCAGCAGAAGAAAGGCACGCCAUGCCGGUUCUACCAGAAGGGAUUUUGCAGGAACGGCGAUUCGUGCCCAUUCCAGCACAGUUGAGAGGAACGAUUCAUCGUAAGUUUCGGAAGUUUGGAUCCUUCGUGUACCAGGUACGUUCGUUUUCCAGAGGACUGUACAAACGAGAACAAGAGAUAUAUGUGACAGCUUCUUCUAGAUCCC